GUCGUUGCUAAUAGAAGCUUUCCUGGUUACCCACGCAGGAGAGCCGAGAUAGGGCACCUCCGGCUUUCGUGUGGACUUUUGGACUUAUUUUAGCGACACAGGGAGCAUAAAAGACGUCGACCAUCAAAGAAAGGUCUGAAGAUGAAGCUGAAGUACAAAAAUGAAGCGGCCUGGUGCUGAGGACUAGGAUGACCACAGCAGACCACAAGAUUCCCUUAAAAGAUGACUCAGCCAAUGACGCUGCAUGACUAGGAUGUACAAAGACUAUAGAUCAAGCCGAGUCUCAGGACUCAACCCUCUGCCCUUUGACCCAGCGACCAACAACGACCCUCUCCAGUUCAACGGCUCCAGCGGGCCUUUGGUCACCGAGUGCCCUCCUCUGGAAAACUCUGCAGAGAACAGCAAGAAGAGGAAGAGAGCCAGCCUGCCUCCAGAAGGGAUCUGCAACAUGACGAUGGACUCUAACUCCAUGACAAUGCCCAUGUCAGACCCCAACGCCUGGGCAACAGCUAUGAACAACCUGGGGAUGCCUCCGAUGGGAAUGACUGGACAGCAGCUUAUGCCAGAUUUUGACCCCAACCUCAGUAUGAUGACUGGGAUUACCCCCCUGAAUCCCCUGAUGCCUGGCCUUGGUAUGGUGCCAGCUCCCCUUUCCCAGGACGUCCCACUCGUGAAGGAGAUCAUCCACUGCAAGAGCUGCACGCUGUUUCCACCCAACCCCAACCUUCCCCCUCCAGCAACAAGAGAUCGUCCUCCAGGGUGUAAGACGGUGUUUGUCGGAGGUCUGCCAGAAAACGCCACCGAGCAGCUCAUCAUGGAGGUCUUUGGACAGUGUGGAGAUAUUACAGCCAUACGGAAAAGCAAGAAAAACUUCUGCCACAUCAGAUUUGCUGAAGAGUUCACUGUGGACAAAGCUCUCUUUCUUUCAGGUUAUCGUAUUCGGUUGGGUUCCAGCACAGACAAGAAAGACACAGGUCGCCUCCAUGUGGACUUUGCUCAGGCCAGAGAUGACCUCUAUGAGUGGGAGUGCCGACAGCGUAUGUUAGCCAGGGAGGAGAGACACAGAAGAAAGAUGGAGGAGGAUCGACUCCGACCACCAUCCCCUCCUCCCAUCGUCCACUACUCGGAGCACGAGUGCAGCCAGCUGGGAGACAAGAUCAAAGACGACAGCAAGUUCCCCGAAGCCGUGCGCGUGCUCCUGACCUGGUUGGAACGAGGGGAAGUGAACCGCAGGAACGCCAACAACUUCUACUCCAUGAUCCAGUCGUCCAACGGCCACAUCCGCCGGCUGACGAGUGAGAAGAGUCAACAUGAGAAGGAGAUGGAGGAGGCCAAAGAAAAAUUCAAGACCGCUCUGGCCGGCAUACUGGGUCAAUUUGAACAGAUUGUGUCUGUAUUCCAAGCUGCUUCCAAACAAAAGGCAUGGGACCAUUUCUCCAAAGCUCAGCGCAAGAACCUGGACAUGUGGCGCAAACAAGCUGAGGAGAUAAGAAACAUGCACAACGAGCAGCUGAUGGGCAUCAGGCGAGAGGAGGAGAUGGAGAUGUCUGACGACGACAUGGAGGAUAUGCCUGACAGCAAAGACUCGGAGGACUCAGGUGUUUCGCAAGCAGAGGCCUUAAAGGAGGAGAACGACUCCCUGCGCUGUCAGCUGGACGCCUACAGAAACGAGGUGGAGCUGCUCAAACAGGAACAGAACAAGAACCAACCAAUGAGGAGCGAGGAGGACAGCACGCAUUCUCAGCAGCUCUGCUUCCUGCAGCAGGCUCUGCAGGGCAUGCAGAAGCAACUGUUGAAAAUGCGGGAAGAAAUGAAACAGCGAGAGGCAGAGCUCGAGAAAAGUUUGGAAGACAAACAGCAGCUGGAGAGUCAAGUCCAGACUCUGAAGGAAGGACUGCUGAACCUGCAAAACACACAAGCAAUACAGCUAGAGACGUCGAAGCAGGACGACAGAGGUGGCGAGGAGAGCGCUAAUCAAGCCAGUGAAGCUACGGUGUCUGCUGUGGUGUCCUGCAGUCAGGAGAGAGACGGUCCGACAGAGAAGAGUCCAUCGAGUCCAGUCACCUCUGAAAGAGAAGCUCUGCUAGUUGGUAUCAUCUCCACGUUCCUGCAUGUCCACCCGUUUGGAGCCAGCAUCGAGUACAUCUGCUCCUACCUGCAGCGUUUGGACACAAAGAUUAGCCCCAAUGAGGUGGAGGCUCUCCUCUCUCGGCUGCCCUGCACCUUCAGACAGGAGCUCACCGGCGUCGGAGCCAGUCUGGAGAAACGCUGGAACUUCUGCGGCUUCCAGGGCAUCAAGAGCACGUAGAGUCUGCUGGUGACACUCCUGGGCCGUGAAUGACAGAGUGCAAAAACCCACAAAUAUCAAAGACUGUGGACUGUACCUGAGCGAUGGAGGACGCAGACGACUGAACAGAAGGAUGUUACAUGAGCGUUUCAGGGACUCCGUGCAGGUGGCAGAGACUGAAUAAAGCAGCAUUGCCAUGGAUACAGGAGCAAUGCUGCCAAAUCACAGCAUCAGUCUUUAUGGACUCUGAGUGAGUUUCUCAAGUCCGCAAAAUAUUUUUAGACUCUGCAAGUCACAGAAGUACGACAACUCUUACAGUCACUGGAUUCUAAUGCAGUUAUCACCCACAUGGGCAGGGCAUUGUACUUUCUGAGCCGACAGGUGGCUUUGUUUGGUGUCAGCGUGGGCCAGAACUACAGGGCUAUCAAAGGAGGCUGAUCAGGGUCUAACUGAACACUUGAAACCUCCCAAACCCCUUGGCCUCUCUCUCUUUUCUCUUUUCUGCUGUUCCUGGUUUGUAACAUAGAUAAAAAUGGAUAUAUUUCUUCAUUUUCUGUAAAGGCUGUUGCAAAGAGUCAUUUCCUGUAAUACACUGUAAAUGCCUGGAUGAUAUUUUUGAUUAUA